UCCAUGGCUCACCCCAUCACCAAGCGUGGACAGACUCUGCUGGACCUUCUCGAGUCUGAGCGGAAGUAUGUCAUUCAUCUUAUGGCUCUACGGGACCUCCAUCUGCCGUUGGCUUCAGGUCAACGAGACUUUGGUUCUAUAAUUCCCCGUGGGUCUCGGGCAACAUUCUCAACCAUCUCCGACAUUUCCUUCACCUCACUUUCGGCCGACGGUCAGCCGCCAAUGACAGAAGCAGAUGUCAAGGCUAUCUUUAACAAUAUCGCGGAGCUUGCGACGUUUUCCGAGCAGUUCGUCAGUGACCUUGAAUGUGCUUUGGGCGAUUUCACUACGAAUAGUGAAUGGGAGGACUACGUCGGAAAGCUCUUUCUCACAGCGAUUCCGCUGAUGGAACCCCUUUACAAGGCAUACGCCAGGAAGCAGUCUUCUAGCCUUGAGCGCUUCAACAACCUUUCACGAACACCCGCAUUCAACGUGUACCUUGCGCGGACCCAGGUGUUGACUCUCAACUUCUCAGAUGCUUGGGACCUUCCGUCACUUCUUCUCAAACCGGCGGAGCGGCUGACACAAUAUCCGAUGCUGCUUCACGCGAUCAUUUCCGAGACCCCGGACUCACAUCCGGAUAAGGCGAACCUGAUGGAGGCGCAUGCCCGAAUGGAACAAGUUAAGCGGGAGAUAUAUGAGGAGCGGAGAAGAAGGGAGGUCGUGCGGGACGUGCUCACCAGCGCCGCUGUUAUCAGUACCCCACAGAAAGGCGUAGACACGGUGAAGGCGAAGAAGAGCACGCUCAGUGUUGGGGUCGCGGCGUCUGUGAGCCGCAUGCGGAUGAAGAGCUUUCGCUCGGCGGCGCUGAAGACUGAGGAAGUUGUCGAGGCGAACAUGGAGGCGGUGGCGAUCAAGGCGAUGGGCGAGCAACUCAAGAGCUACGAGUCCUUUGUCGAGCAGUUGGCGCGCGACAGCAUGAAGUGGGCGGACUCGAUGAAGGCGCUCAUGUGUGCGCUCGACCAGUGGGCGCGCGCGUUCGGGCGGGUGGUCUGGAUGGGCUCAGACGACGAGCCCUCGGAGGCGUUCGACGCGUUCCUCCAAGUCAUCCGCGACCAGCUCCCGCCGAUAUGCGACGAGACGAAAGAUGGUCUCAGGGAACGGCUGCUACCCCUUCUCACGAGCUUGGUCGACACGAUGGUCGCGCCCAUGCGUCUGAUGGAGGCGAUGCACACGCUCGAGCCUCUGCACUACGGGCUGCUGUACUUGAAUGUGGCCAAGAGCCGGCCGCCGCCCCAGGUCAUCGAAACAUCGAAGUCGUACGUGGCGCUCCGCACGCAGCUCUUUGCGGAGCUCCCAACCUACCUCUCGCUCAUCGACAAGGGUAUGGCAGUGUGCAUACGCAUGUUUAACCAGAUCCAGCGGCGAUUCUACAACAACGUGCGCAAGCGAUGUACAGAAUUGCGGGACACGUUGGCAGUGGACGAGGCGGAGCUAGUACUGGACACACGGAUGGCGUGGCGCGGCCGGUUUGUAAAGGUCGAGGCCCAGAUCCAAGGACUCAGGAUCUGGCAAGCGGCACUUGACCAUAGGGGAGACGACGACGGGUUUCAACGUGGUCUUCUUCAUUCUCUUCGCGCUCCCUCCCCUCCGCGGACGUUGAAUAGCACGCCGGCCCCCCCGCCGCUCACCCCGUCCCGGUCUUCCACUAUAUAUAUUGGUGUCGACAACAACGUUACCCUGAACGACAGCAAUCCCAGCCUGAUCAACGUCCCAUCCCCGACUGAACCGACUUUCCGGCCGGGGCCGGCGAUACAAACACGACGGGAGAGUGGAGUUCGGUUACCGUCGUUGUACGAGUGCCGCGUGGUGCACUCAUGCGAGCCACCAGAGGGCGUGGAGUACCGCGACCUGCCAUUUUUCACGCUUCGGGUGGACGACGUGUAUGGAAUCCUGCAGGAAAUGGGACACCCGUCCAUGCACCGCGAUCUCCCUCUGUACAUAGACGACGGCGAGGACUGUCUCCUGCUCGCGCGGGACCAGGCAGGAGACGUCGGCUGGGUUCUGGCCAGUUUCUUGACACCGUCGGAUUAAAAUUUAGAUCGCAGAUCUCUUGCUUCGCGUCUUUCAACCUAUCCUGAUGUUAUUUGUGACGAUGCCUGCUUUCCUGUGUCCACCUCGUUCCUUUGUUCCGUUCGGCACCAACCUUUUCGUCGAGCAGUUCUAAUCAAUGCAGUAGCGUUAUCCUGUUCGAGCUGCUGGCUGUUGGCC